AUGGCGGCCAAUGAUGGAGCACAAAAUACAAGAGAAAAGAUAUUACAAGAAUAUAGGAAAAAACUUCUUACUCAUAAGGAUGUGGAAAGUCGGCUAAAAGAAAUGAGGCAACAGCUGAAAGCACUGACUAAGCAGUAUGAUGUGACAGAAAAUUAUUUAAAAGCUUUACAAAGCGUUGGUCAAAUUGUUGGAGAAGUUCUUAAACAGCUGACAGAAGAAAAAUUUAUUGUUAAAGCUACAAAUGGUCCACGAUAUGUUGUUGGAUGUAGGCGUCAAUUAGAUAAACAAAAAUUAAAGUCUGGUACCAGAGUUGCUUUAGAUAUGACUACUUUGACUAUAAUGAGAUAUUUGCCUAGAGAAGUUGAUCCUUUAGUUUACAAUAUGUCUCAUGAAGAUCCUGGUGAUGUAAAGUACUCAGAAAUUGGUGGUUUAAGUGAACAAAUAAGAGAACUUAGAGAGGUUAUUGAACUGCCUCUUAUGAAUCCUGAAUUAUUUAUGAGAGUUGGGAUCACUCCUCCUAAAGGCUGCUUAUUAUAUGGGCCACCAGGUACAGGAAAAACAUUAUUGGCUAGAGCUGUAGCCAGUCAACUAGAUGCUAAUUUUUUAAAAGUUGUCUCCAGUGCAAUAGUUGAUAAAUACAUUGGAGAAAGUGCAAGAUUAAUCAGAGAAAUGUUUAAUUAUGCAAGAGAUCAUCAGCCGUGUAUAAUUUUUAUGGAUGAAAUUGAUGCUAUUGGUGGUCGUAGGUUUUCCGAGGGUACUUCUGCUGACAGAGAAAUUCAAAGAACUCUCAUGGAGCUUCUUAAUCAAAUGGAUGGUUUUGAUUCUCUUGGUCAAGUGAAAAUUAUUAUGGCAACAAAUAGACCAGAUACUCUGGAUCCUGCUUUACUGAGACCAGGUCGUUUGGAUCGUAAAAUUGAAAUUCCACUUCCAAAUGAACAAGCUCGAUUAGAAAUUCUGAAAAUUCAUGCAAUGCCCAUUACUAAACAUGGCGAAAUUGAUUAUGAGGCAAUAGUCAAAUUGUCAGAUGGUUUUAAUGGAGCAGAUCUUAGAAAUGUUUGCACAGAAGCAGGACUUUUUGCUAUUAGAUCAGACAAAGAGUUUGUGCAACAAGAGGAUUUCAUGAAAGCAGUUAGGAAAAUUGCAGAUAAUAAAAAGUUGGAAUCUAAGCUUGAUUACAAACCAGUUUGA